UGGAGAACAGAGAAAUUCAAAAGAGCCUUCAUCUUCACCAUGCAUGCACCUGGCAGUGGUGGCAUGUGGGGACCGACUGGAAGAGACACUGAUCAUGCUGAAAUCAGCAGUUCUCUUCAGCAACAGGAGGCUCUGUUUCCACAUUUUUGCUGAGGAUUCCCUUAAGCCUGAAUUUGAGAAGAAGUUAAAGGAAUGGCCUUCCUCCUAUACAAAGAAGUUUGAGUACAAUAUUUACCCAAUAACCUUCUCAGUAGGAAAUGCUCAGGAAUGGAAAAAGUUAUUCAAACCAUGUGCUGCUCAGCGCCUCUUUCUUCCGGUCAUUUUAAAGGAUGUGGAUUCUCUCCUUUAUGUGGACACUGAUGUUCUCUUCCUGAGGCCCAUCGAUGACAUCUGGCACAUCCUGCAAGAGUUCAACUCCACACAGCUAGCUGCUAUGGCCCCAGAACAUGAAAUACCAAAGAUUGGCUGGUACAGUCGAUUUGCACGUCACCCUUAUUAUGGAACAACUGGAGUCAAUUCUGGAGUGAUGCUAAUGAAUUUAACACGGAUACGCAACACGCAGUUCAAGAACAGCUUGAUACCAAGUGGUUUGACUUGGGAGGAAAUGUUAUAUCCCUUAUACCAAAAAUAUAAAAAUUACAUUACGUGGGGAGACCAGGAUUUACUAAAUAUAAUUUUUUACUUUAACCCAGAGUGUCUCUACGUGUUUCCAUGUCAGUGGAACUACCGGCCAGAUCACUGUAUGUACGGCAGCAACUGUAAAGGUGCAGAAGAAGAAGGUGUCUCCAUCCUGCAUGGAAAUAGAGGUGUCUACCACGAUGACAAACAGCCUACAUUCAAGGCACUCUAUGAAGUGAUACGUGAUUUUCCAUUUGAAGACAAUCUCUUCCAAUCUUUGUACUACCCUCUGCAGUCUAAGUUUCUGGAUACAGUGCACACUUUAUGUGGGAGAAUUCCACAAGUAUUUUUGAAACAAAUUGAGAAAACUAUGAAGAAGGUGUAUGAAAAUCGUGUCAUUGUGUACUUGGGGGCCAAUCACAGAUACUAAAUGGAGCUUCAUUUUUACAGAGAGUUUUUCAUUCUUGUACCCAAUUCUUAUGAAGCCCAUGAAUGAUGAAAAUGAGCUCUUUCACUGAAACGCAGUAUUAAAAUAUUUUUCUUAUUCAAUUUCCCAAUACUCCCUGAAAUU